AUGAGCUACGCUGCUGCUGAGACGGUGGCUCAGGCCAGCACUUGGGGUGCUUCAAGCCUCUUCUACGUGCUUCUGGUGCCAGCUGUUGUCCUCUGGUACGCCUACUGGCGUAUGUCCAGACGGCAUCUCUAUGAAUUAGCGGACAAAAUUGCGGGGCCAAAGGGCUUACCCUUGAUUGGAAAUGCCCUGGAAUUUACUGGUGGAUCUGACGACAUUUUCAAACGAAUGAUAAAACGAAGUGAGGAGUUCCAGGACAGUAUCAUUAAAGUAUGGAUUGGGCCACGUCUUUUGGUCUUCUUGUACGACCCAAGCGAUGUCGAGCUCAUCUUGAGCAGCCACGUUCACAUUGAUAAGGCAGAUGAGUACAAAUUCUUCAAACCCUGGCUCGGAGAUGGUCUUCUUAUCAGUACUGGUCAGAAAUGGCGUUCUCACAGAAAACUUAUUGCUCCCACCUUCCAUUUGAACGUAUUGAAGAGUUUUAUCGAUCUAUUCAACGCCAACUCAAGAGCUGUUGUUGACAAACUUAAGAGAGAAACUGGAGAAUUUGAUUGUCAUGACUACAUGAGUGAAUGCACAGUGGAAAUUUUACUUGAAACCGCUAUGGGUGUAAGUAAAAGCACACAGGACCGAAGUGGAUUUGAAUACGCCAUGGCUGUUAUGAAAAUGUGUGAUAUACUCCAUUUGAGACAUACAAAGAUUUGGCUGCGACCCGAUCUCCUAUUUAACUUUACUCAGUAUGCCAAAUUGCAGAACAACCUUCUUGACAUCAUUCAUGGAUUGACCAAAAAGGUUAUCAAGAGGAAGAAGGAAGAGUUCAAAUCAGGCAAGAAAUUAGCUUCUUUCGAGAACGAAGUUGCUGAGCCUUCAGAACCUGCCAAACACACCCAAACCACAUCCGUCGAGGGCCUUUCCUUCGGUCAGUCCAGUGGACUGAAGGAUGAUUUGGAUGUUGACGAUGAUGCUGCAGUUGGACAGAAGAAACGUCUCGCUUUCCUGGACCUUCUUUUAGAAAGUGCUCAAGGUGGAGUUGUUAUUUCUGACGAAGAAAUCAAAGAACAAGUCGACACUAUUAUGUUUGAGGGUCAUGACACUACCGCCGCUGGUAGCAGUUUCUUCCUAUCCGCAAUGGGUAUCCAUCAAGAUAUCCAAGACAAGGUAGUUGAAGAACUGGACAAUAUUUUCGGAGACUCCGAUCGUCCAGCCACUUUCCAGGAUACAUUGGAGAUGAAAUAUUUGGAACGUUGCUUGAUGGAAACCCUUCGUAUGUUCCCACCUGUACCCAUUAUUGCUCGGCAACUGAAACAAGAUGUCACAAUGCCAUCCAGUGGCAAGGUGGUGCCUUCUGGUACUACCGUCAUUGUUGCUACCUACAAGCUUCACCGCCGGGCAGACAUCUACCCCAACCCAGACAAAUUUGACCCUGACAACUUCUUGCCUGAACGUUCAGCCAACCGUCACUACUACGCUUUUGUACCUUUCUCUGCUGGACCCAGGAGUUGUGUUGGCCGCAAAUACGCCAUGUUGAAGUUGAAGAUCAUUCUGUCGACAAUUUUGAGGAACUUCCGCGUUCACUCCGACCUUAAAGAGUCUGACUUCAAACUGCAGGCUGAUAUCAUCUUAAAACGGGCUGAAGGUUUCAAGGUACGACUGACGCCCCGCAAGCGAAUGGCCAAAGCAUGA